AUGACGCGCUUGAUUGCCACCUGUUUUGCCCUCAUGGCAGCCUUGCCCCCCCUGGCUUCGGCUACUCCUGCUGAAGAUCUCGAGUUUGUUUGCUGGGGAGACAUGAAUCCAGAGAACCGAGCAGCAUUCAUGGCCUUGGGUUAUGACGAAGAAGUAUAUAAUGGAACGUACUUCUAUGAGCAUGUCCCCUGGGAUAGGCUCCCAGCGAAUGCAAGAGCUGAAGCAGAGGCUGAAGGCUACGACAAGGAAUCGUGGCACAUGGAUGAUGAAGAUAGUGACUUGUUCGUCACACGCAGGCUCAAUGCGCUUCUGGAUCAACAGGUCCUAGCUGAUAUCCUUGACGAAUGUUGGUUUGAAAAGUACACAUUGACGCUCUUCGUCGAGACUGACAAAACCCAUCUCGACAUGAUUGCUCUACCUCAUGGAAAGAACAAAAAGACGUGCACGGAUGCCUUGACUUUUGACGAUUUUGGGGCUGGCAUCAAGCUGGCUUCCUUGGCGGCGGACCUCGAACUACCUGCCAACUGGGAAGCCGACGCUCUUCCUUUGGGGGUCUUUCCCUUGGGUAAUAUCUUUGAUGCCUCUGAUGAUGCGGAUGUGGUUGAUCCAGAUGAAUAUGAUGUGGUUGAAAACAACUGCGCUACUUUUGUGCUUCAAACGAUGCAAACCCUUGAAAUCCCCGUCUCGGAAGAACUCAAAUGUUACGUUGUGAACCAUCUCAUCCAAAAUGUCGACUUUAUCGACGAGGUUAGGAAGAAUCCAAAUGUCAUUGAAAUUGUGCGCCCAGAAGACGUGAAAAAACCUGACACGAAGCUAACAGAUCUGCAAGUUGUAUGGCGCCUAGUGGAAUACUAUGUCAAGAAUCACUAUGCCACUCCAAAGAAAUAA